GCACGGAUCCAAAAACUAGUUUAACUUAUUUAAUAUGAUAUCUCUCAAAGGCAAAGUAAAACCAUCUCCUCCGUGUCUCUCCCACACUGAUUGCAAACACGAACAAGUAAUUGAAACUCCUACAGUUGAAUCAGAAACACUCCACGCCUACGCUAUUGCCUUAUAAUCUUUGUUCCACGCUUUUCCCUCUCCUCUUCGCACACAGCCUUCCUUCCUAGGGUUUCAUCCAAUUAUGAACUGUGAAGUGUGCCAGCUCAAGGAACUGGAACUGGAGCAUUUUGAGAUACGCGAGGUCUUGCGAUGCAUAUUGCACACGAUCGUCUUUCACCGUGCCUUGGGUCUCGUGCGCCCUAAAGACGUUGACUUGGAGCUAUUUGACGUCACUUAUGUGCAAUGUGGAGAGGCAGAGCUUGAAAAGAAAAUAGAUGAGAAGAUUGAGCAGUUUGUUUGUUGGGUGGAGAAGCACCCAAACAAGAAGAGUCAGAUAUGUUUAUCUUUCUAUGAGGUGAAGAACAAACAGGCGUCUUGGUUCAGUAACAAGAUUGAACGUUUGUAUUGGGAGCAGUGGUAUAUUAAUCUGAAUGUGGCCCAGCAUCCGAAGGCACAUUCUAGCAAGUAUCAUCAUUCCAAAGUUGUUGAUCCUGGAGUAGAGGGAGCAUUGGAGGAUAGAAAUGCUCGAAGUGCAGCACUGGAGGCAUCGCUUCGUGAGGUUUUAUUUCAGAUAAUUAAAUUUGUUAAUGAGAAGAAGGAUCAUGUUCCACCUAUACCAAAUCUUGAGGGUGCUGUUUCAUUUCCCUAUGAAAUUACAAUCCCUAGUUCAUCAGAUUCUGCAUUUGGGAUGGACAUGAUCAAGAGAAUGCUACAGACAGGACAUCCAACAAUGCUAAGUUGAUUGUCAAAGUUCGCAGAGCGGUCUAUAAGGUUAAAAUGGAUUCUUGUUCAUAUGAAUAGGCUGGUAAUAUGAUGCUGAAGAAAAGCUAAGGAAGGCAAAGUUCAAUCUCUCUGUAAACAAAGCAGAAUCUAUAGGUGCAAAAUAACUUGUAUAUAUUUUCAAAUGAAACCCCUUUUUUAAUCUGUCGUUGAUAUCUUUUAUUUCUUUUAUUUAUCUUCUCUCAAGAGUUUACGGUGUUAUGUAGUGGCUAUGUCCAAUGUCACAUGAACAUCUUAGACCAUUUACUGUUACGAUUGCGUCAAUAUGAUGGGUUGCAUGUUAUAUUUGAAGAUAAAUACUUAGUGUUUCAUUUGCAUUAGUUUGUGAAUU